GUCCUGUUCAAGCAUUCAAGAAAAAAUGUCACAACUUCAAGACUACCGUCUGCUGACAUUUGAUGUCUACGGCACCCUGGUGGACUGGGAAGGAGGCAUUUUGGCUGCUCUCCAAACGUCUCUUGAUAGAAACACCCCUCAGUUAUCCCGUGAGCAUAUUCUCCACGUCUUCCAUGAGCUGGAGCGGGAUCAGCAAGCCAAAACACCGGAGAUGCACUACUCCGAUCUUCUAGCUACCAUCCACCCUGCGCUGCUGCAACAACUAGGCCUCCCCACUCCCACCGCGGAAGAAAGUAAGGCCUUCGGCGAAUCAGUAGGGCAUUGGCCAGCGUUCCCUGACACCGUCGACGCACUGAAGCAAUUAUCGAAGCAUUACAAGCUUGUGGUCCUGUCCAACGUCGACCGUGAGUCGUUUGCCAAGACCAAUGCCGGCAGUCUUCAAGGCUUUCCCUUCGAUCUAAUCAUUACGGCACAAGACAUUGGAUCAUAUAAGCCCAAUAUCAACAACUUCAAGUAUAUGCUAAGCGCUGUGAAGGAGAAGUUUGGGGUUGAACCCAGUCAGGUGCUCCAGACCGCGCAGAGCCAGUUUCAUGACCAUCACCCGGCGCGGAAGGUGGAUAUCAAGUCUGUGUGGAUUGUGCGUCCAGGAGCCAUUAUGGGUAAUCGGGAUGACACCGUCUAUGAUUGGAGAUUUGACACGUUAGGGGGCAUGGCGGACGCAGUACAGGCGGGCAACUGAACAUCUAGAGCUACGGGUAUUCAAGGGGGAGAAAGGUCCUGGGAAUAUAUAUCGGGAUGGUUAUGUGCAGAUACGCUCGAUGUGCCUGGAUGGGUCUAAACACAUUCCCGCGGAAGUUAUAAACAU